CUCCCUACAUAUACAUGUGCGGCGACGCUACUACGUACUACAUCACCUCACAGGGUCACCAGCUCCUACCUUCUUGCUGAACAAUCCAAGCUAGCUAGGCGUACGUGGUGAGCCGAUCGAUCGAGCAUGGCGUCCGCUACUGCAGCUGCCGCGGUUCCCCGCAUGAAGCUGGGCUCCCAGGGAAUGGAGGUCUCGGUGCAGGGGCUCGGCUGCAUGGGCAUGUCCGUCGCCUACGGUCCGCCCAAGCCCGACGCCGACAUGGUGGCGCUCAUCCACCACGCCGUCGCCGCCGGAGUCACCUUCCUCGACACCUCCGACGUCUACGGCCCGCACACCAACGAGAUCCUCCUCGGCAAGGCGCUGCAAGGCGGCGGCGUGAGGGAGAAGGUGGAUCUGGCCACCAAGUUCGGCGGCUUCUUGGGAGAGGAUGGGUGGAGUGUCCGCGGGGACCCGGCGUACGUGCGUGAGGCGUGCGAGGGCAGCCUCAAGCGGCUCGGCGUCGAUUGUAUUGAUCUCUACUGCCAGCACCGCGUAGACACCAGGGUGCCCAUCGAGGCCACGAUUGGCGAGCUCAAGAAACUAGUUGAAGAAAGAAAGAUAAAGUACAUCGGAUUAUCCGAAGCAUCUGCAGCAACGAUCAGAAGGGCGCAUGCCGUUCAUCCUAUCACUUCAGUUCAGAUGGAAUGGUCACUAUGGAGUAGAGACGUGGAACAAGACAUCAUUCCGACUUGCAGAGAACUUGGAAUAGGAAUUGUAUGUUACAGCCCACUUGGUAGAGGGUUCUUCUCUGUAGGAUCGAAAUUGGCCGACUCACUGUCAGAUGACGACUUCCGCAAGCUUUUACCUAGAUUUCAGCCAGAGAAUCUCGAGAAGAAUGCCCUGAUAUUUGAGAGUGUUAACGCAAUGGCAACAAGAAAAGGGUGCACACCAUCACAACUUGCAUUGGCAUGGGUUCAUCAUCAGGGGAGCGAUGUUUGCCCCAUACCGGGCACAACAAAAAUGGAGAAUUUCAAUCAGAAUGUGGGAGCACUGUCUGUGAAGCUCACACCAGAGGAGAUGGCCGAACUCGAGUCUUACGCUGCCACAGGUGAUGUCCAUGGUGACCGAUACCCUGAAAUGAUGAAUACUUGGAAGGAUUCUGAGACCCCUCCAUUGUCCUCUUGGAAAGUUGAGUGUUGAAUAAACUAGCUAGCUGUUGGUUUUCCAUAUAUUUUUUGUUUCAUGUUUAGCAGCGCACGAGCCCACGUAUUGUGUGGAUGCCGUCCGCGUCGAGUCAGGCAAUGGCAUGUGUGUCCAUGUCGCUGCCAUGCGUGCAACAUGGUCUAGCUGCACGACCGGUCCGUGGGAUGGCACAGAUCGUCCGGUUUGCGGCCUAAUAACUUGAGCACGACGUCUUCCUUAUGCAAAUAAAUUGAGAAAGAGAACGAGAGAAA